AUGACCCGCCUCCUAACCCCCCUCCUCCUCCUCGCCUCGACAGCAACAGCCCACUUCUCCAUGACCCUCCCCAAACCCCUCGGCGACUCAGACGACAACGAGGCCACCGCCCCCUGCGGCGGCUACACCGCGUCCUCCUCCUCCGCCGCGACGGACUUCUACGUCGAGGGCGACGCCAUCGGCAUGGAAAACGGCCACCCGCAGACAAACUGGCUCUUCCGCGCCACCCUCGACCAGACCGCCGCCUCCGGCUGGACGCAGCUGUUCCCCAUUGUCAUGCAGACCGGCCUCGGCAACUUUUGCGAGCCCAAGGUUGCCGCGCCGGGGAAUUGGACGGGCAAGAGGGGUGUUGUUAGUGUUGUUGCGCAUUCGCCUGAUGGGCUUUUGUAUACUUGCGCCGCAGUAAACUUCGUCUCCGGCACAGCCCCAACCCGCUCGGAUUGCAAAAACGCAACAGUCACCGUCGACUUCACCUCAGACUCAACCCUCACAGCCCUUCUGAGCGCCAGCGGCUCCUCAAGCUCCGGCACUCCCUCCUCCGGCUCCUCCGGAACCUCGACCCCGUCCGCCUCGGCCUCGAGCACCGCAAACGCCGCGCCCGCCGCCUUGGUCGGUAGCGUCUUCUCCACCGGCGCCGUGGCUGGUCUCUUGGUGUCUUUUACUGCUGCUGUCGGCGGGGCUGCCAUGUUCUUCUAG